AUGGCAGUGAAGCUAGAAACGAUCAGUCUUCCUCAUUUGCCAGCCUCGCUUCCAGUGCAUGUGGCGUUGUAUCGAAAUGUGCAGAAUGGUGCUUUUUUGCGGCAGCAGUUACUAGCUGGCAACGCAGAAUUUGAAUAUGCCUUGAUCGAUGCAAGCAUUGUACUUUCUCGAGCCCAUGCACUUGCAGCUAUUUUUCGUGCUGUCAAUGACUCCAUGAACAAUCGGCUGAAAUCCCACAAUGUGCACUCGGAGAUUGUGUUUUCCUUCAACCCAACCAAUAAUAUUGCCGAGUCAUUUCGCAAAAUCGGCAUCAUCGACUCCACCAAGGACUUGUUGGUCAUCAAAGUCUCUGUAACUCCGGAGAUAACCCAUGACUCUGUUGCCGCGCAUCUGGAAAGUUUUGUCCAAGGAACACCCGUGCCAUUCGAUGACCAAACAUUAUUGGAGAUCUCCGACAUUUCAAAGAUCAAAAAGCUGUAUAAACUAGGUGCACUGCCCUCGCCGACGACUAAUGCCGACCCCAGCCACUCCAACGGAGUCUACGUUGAUGACGCAAAGCGACGGCUGGAACUUUCGAUCUUAGGAGCCAUUGCCCUCAGGGGAUCCUGA